AUGGGUGAGCUGCUGGCUGAGUUCGCCAACUACUUCCACUACGGAUACCACGAGUGUAUGAAGAACUUGGUGCACUAUCUGACCACGGAGGACCGGGCCGAGACCAAAGACAUCAAGUAUGCACGAAUCCUGGCCUUCCUCCAGUCCAAGUCCCACGCACUUACAGAGCCUCUGUUUGGCGCCACACAGGACCCGCCUGACCUCCUGAGCCAGCUGCACUCCUCUCCGGACAACCACAGCCCCUCACCGGACUCCGUGUACCAGCAGAGCCCAGCCGGACACUUCUCUUGGCAUGGCACGGCUCGUAGCCCGGCCAUCUCGUACCAAAGCGUGCCGCUCUCUGCGCACGCUCAGCAGCACGGAGCAUACCUGUCACCGGUGCAGGGACACGACCACCAUUAUUUCAACUUCUUAGGUCACGCGCACGCAAACACAUUUGGUGUGCACAGCGUGCAGCACGCCAUGUAA